UGUAUGUUAUGACAGAUUUUACAUCAAAAUGCGGCCGAUUUGUUGAUGUUUACAUCAAUUUAGAUUAUUUUUUGAAAGUUUCAAAGUGUUUCUGCCUGUGUCUAAAAUGCUACCGUCGUAAAAUUCGGCUUAUAAAAUGUCCAUUUUUCAUUCGUCUGACCUAUUGCAUCCGGAUCUAAUGGAAACAUCUCUCAUAAUCGAGUACUUAAAACAUCGUCAACUUGCGAUACCAAAUAUUGAACAGAAGUCUCGUGAUGAGCUGCUCAAAAUAUUCCACAGUUAUGCAAUGCCGCUGCAUCAGCGCUUAUCUACACGAACUAAAGCCAGUGAUAAUCCAAUGGAUACGUUGGAGUUAAUACCAAAUGUGGAACUGACCAACAAGGCUGCGAGCAAACACAAACGAAUUGUAUAUGAAUCAGACGUAACGCAAAGAAAUGGCAGCUGUAACAAUAAUGGGCCGAUGGUCACAAAUGGAUGCAAACGACUAAAAAUUGGAGCUAUCGAUGAGGUUGUAUCGAAAAACAAACGAGAACUGCAUGACACGAAGGUAGACUGUUCCGCUGAAACGAAGCCAAAACGGCAGAAGAUUACAUGGCCAUAAGAUGUAAAAUUUCGAAUUAAGAAUAAAGAGCUCAAGGUUUUUCGGUUAGACUUGGCUUCAAUU